AUGCGUCGCAGAGAAGCAACUGACAGAAAGCUAAGUCGCUUCGACCAGUGGGUCGAAGCCUAUCGUCGCCUAACUCUUCACGACUGUGAUUUUGUGCCACGAUUCCUCGGUUCUUCUCACGGACGCCAAGAUGACGAUGGACUUGUACCGGGCGGGUUUCUGUCAUACAUCGUCUUCACCUCUGUCCCGGGCGACGUUCUGGGAACAGGAACUAGCGGUAGUCCUCGCGCGGUACUGAAUAUUUCUCAAGAGGACCAAAAGCGCUGCCGAAAAACCGACAUUCCGGAUGGGACUUUCUGGGCAUUGAGUGCAAAGGAGCGAGCCGCGAUACGCCAACAGUUCCAAUCAGAUUUUACAUACUUCUUUGGAGAAUUUCGCCUUGACGAGACACGCUCUACCUGGCCCAAGAUGGAGCUUGCCAGCUGGGGCCUAGCUUUGCUUCCUAUUAAACCACAAGGGGUGGAAUGCGACGAAAGCGAACUAAUACUUUGA